CCAGGAGAGAGAAGGCUGGGGGGGCUCUGACACAGGACACACACCAACAGGGGCUACUACAACUGACAGCUUGGUGUAGAGGAAGACAGAUUCGAGAGACAUGCGGUCAGCAAAGCGUCUGAACCCUCACAAGCAAAUGUAACAGAGAAGUUCAGCCCCCUGAAGCAGAGGUCUCCCCCCGCCGGCCGCCCCCACCUGUCCCUAGAGGAAAUCAAAGACGCAGAUCGAGCGGCACAGAAGGAAAAGCUGCACGAGGAGCUAAAGAAAGUUUUACUACUGAAAGGACAAAGAAACUCAGCAGAGACAGAGGAACUUGCGAUGGAGACUCAGAUCAACAUCACAGAGGAGAAGCUAAGAGCCUCAGAGAUGGUAGAGGUUAUUGUAGAAACAGAGGCUCAGGCUGGAAUGAGUGGCAUCAUCAUUUCUGGAGGAGGAAGAGAAGGACUGUUCAUAUCGGAUGUCCACAAAGACUCCCCAGCUUUCAAAAAUCUGCCUCUGCAAGAAGGGGACCAGAUCAUCAGUGCCCGAGUAUAUUUUGAGAACAUUAAGUAUGAAGAUGCUUUGAAAAUCCUACAGUAUGCAGAACGUUACAAAGUCUCCUAUUGCCUCAAGAGAACAGUGCCAUCUAGUGAUGUCACAGUGUCACCAGGCACUGGGGCUGUAGAGGUCAAAGGCCCAAAGGCCAAGAUGCCAAAAAUGUCUGUGAAAAGCCUCACACCUGUGAAGAAGAAAAAGAAGAAGGAGCCAGGUCAAGUGAAGGACUCUGAGGUUUCAAUGGAAGCUGUGAAAGGCUCUGAACUGUCUGCUGUCGAUAUGGACAUUUCACCAGUAGAUGUUGAGUUCUCCUUCCCCACAUUCUCCAAGCUACUAAAAACAAAAGGUGGUGCAGAAGGGGAAGCUGUCACCAAGACUACCAAGGUUUCCACAAAAGUUGCAGCUGAAGAACAGAAAGGGCUAAAGAUGAAAUUCCCACGAUUUCGGGCCAAGGAUACUACUGGAAAAAUUUCUGUAGAUGAACCCAAAGCAAAAGCUGGAGCUGAGCGUGACGUUAAAGAAAAAUCUUCAGCUAAAUUUGGUAUCUCUGUUCCUAAAAUGAAAAAAUCCAAAAUAGAUGUGACCAUAUCAAAGCCAGAUGUUGGCGUGUCUAUGCCAAAGGCUGCAGUUGGAACCAAAGAAGAAACCAUUUUCAAGACACCUCAAGUAGAACUUGACAUACCUCUACCAGCUAUAAAAAUGGAAACAUCAGAUAUUACUGGAAAGCCUAAAACACCUGGGCUGAGCACUGCUGUUAAAAUUCCAGAUGUUGAAAUCAAGGUGCCAACAACUUCUGUUGAUUUGGAUGCUCCAGAUGCUAAGCUCAGCAUUCCCCAACUGCCAAAAGUUGGUAUUUGUACACCUCACAUAGAUAAGGAGCACAAUAUUGCUAUUCAGGUUGAUGGGAGAUCCAAAACAGAAAUCAAAUUACCCUCUGUUGAAAUAGCAGCACCUAAACUGGAUAUCGAUUUGAGUCUGCCAAAAAUUGAAGGUUCAGUAGAAGUUGAGCCUCUUGAAACCACUAGCCAUGGAUUUCAGAUCAAACUGCCAAAAUUUAGCAUGUCUAGCAAAACCCCAGAAGCUGGUUUGAAAGGAACACCUCCAGAAAUGAAAAAAGAUAUUGAGAUGAAAGUUUCUGAUAAGUUAAAAAUACCAUCUCUAAAAACACCACAACUUGAUAUUUUUCUACCUAAAGGUAAAGCAGAAGGAGACAGUCCUGAUGGUCAACGCAAAAGUGCCAUAAAAUUGCCAUCUCUUGAAAUAUCUGUUCCAAAAAUGGAUGUUGAUGUAGCUGUCCCUAAGCUGGAAACAGGAGACAUUACUGUUGAGCCAGUAGAAGUUCCAGAUGUGACAUUAAGAAUGCCAAAAAUAAGCCCCCCUAGGGUACGCAUGAAAGUUAAGGAUGCUUAUGCUGCAAGAGGCCAUAUUAGUGACGUGAAGACAGAAAAAUCUGAUGCAGAGGGCACAUUUGAAAUUCCUGAUGUGACACUUCAAAUGCCAAAACUUAGCCUACCUAAAGUGGGCUUAAAAGGUGAUAAGCUGGAGGUCCAAGUAAAGGAAGUAGUAUGGAAAGGUGAAGAUGAAGAGUUUACAUUGAAAGGGCCCAAAAUAAAAUUGCCCAGUUUUGGAAUAUUGUCAUCCAAGGAGAAAUCAGAGACCGAUGCUCUAGAGAAACCAUCUACAGAAGUGGAAGGGAAAUUCAAAAUUCCCUCUGUUAAGUUGCCAUCUUUUGACAUUUCAUUACCACAAGUCCAAGUCCCUGAGUCAAGGAAACUGGAAGUUACAGUUCCCACCGCUAAGAUAGACAUCAAUGCACCUGAGCUGGAAGGUCCAGAAUUGACACUGAAAAUGCCCAAAGUCUCCCUACCCAAGUUAGAUAUCUCAACAAAGCUUAGUAAACCUGAUGCAUCUCCUCCGAAAGUUGGAAUCAACAUUCCAAGCAGUGAUUCAAAAAUAAAAGGUGAUGCAACUAUGAAAGAUAAAGAAAUCAUCCCUGAAUUGGAUAUUUCUAUUCCCAAGAUCAAAUCUGCUGAAGUUGGCAUAACAUUGCCUAAACUUGAUGGCGGUAUGUCACUGGAGAAGCCAAAAAUAGCAAUGAAACUUCCAAAAGUGGAGUCUGAUGCAAUAGCAUUUGAUGGGAAAAUGGGAGACUCAAAAACUGGUCUCCCUUCUAUUAAAAUGCCUGCUCUUGAGAUAGAUGCCCCAAGUCUUCAAGUCGACUUAAACCUGCCAAAAAUGAAAACUGAUGAACUUAUUGCUGAUGAAACUGAGGUUAAAUUCCAAAUGCCCAAGCUAAACCUCCCUAAAUUGAGUGAAGUAGCCAAAGAUAUGGCUGUGGAACUUGAUGUUCCAAAGAUCCCAGGUGAUUUGUCUUUACCACAUGUUACUGUAGACACGAAGGGACCUGGACUGGACACAGACGGUAAAGGUGUAAAAAUGAGCUUUCCAAAAGUUGAGAUUGGAUUGGGCAAAGCCUCAGACAUAGAAGUCAGUGGACCUGAGCUCAAGGAAGAAAUUGAUGUCAAGCUCCCUAAAGUAAAACUGGAAAAGCUUGAUGUGGAAGAUAUAGAGGCUAAAAUGAAGUUGCCGUCAGUUAAACUUCCUUCUGUUAAAAUCGCUGCACCCAACAUUCCUGAUGUGAAGCUGUCAGGUACAGAGGAUUUAGCAGUAGAUGUUUCCAGUGAGGCUGAAGCUAAAUGGAAAGGUCCAAAGUUUUCUUUUCGCAAACUUGGCAUUUCAGGCCCUAAAGUGAAGAAAGGUGGUGAGGUAGAUAUAAAAACAUUGCACACAGACAAAGAUACAGAGGUUGCAGUCAAAGGACAAAAGUUGAAAAUGCCUAAAUUUGGAAUAGUUUUCCCAAAAGCAAAGCAAGAUGUUGAGGGUGAAGGAGACAAAAAAGUUAGUAAAAGGAAGGUGGAGUCCUUUGAUGGCCAAGUAGCAUUAUCCAGUGAUGGAAAAGUGAAGAUUCCAUCAUUUGAACUACCCGCUAUUGACAUCUCUGUCCCAAAGUUGGAUGUAGAUAUUGCAGGUGAAGAAUGCCAAUUUUCAGACAAACCACCGGAAAUAGACAUUCCAGAUGUAAAGCUGAACCUUCCCAAAUUUUCUUUGCCAAAAUUUGGAAAGGACAAAGGAAUUAAUGAAGAAGCAGAAAAAGGAAAAGUUGCAUCUAAAGUUUCUCCAUCUAAAAAAACAAAGACUGUUGAUGUGUCUACCGAAGGUAGUAUUGAGGCCAAAGGAAAAGGCAAAGAACUGAGAAUGAAAAUGCCAGCAAUCAAGAUGCCUUCCUUUGGAAUAUCAAAAAAAGAUGCUGAUGUUGUUGGAGCAAAAGUGGAGCUCAAGUCUCCUGAUGAUAAAACAAAGAAAGCAAAAGCAGUUACACAAGAAGCAAAAGUUAGGAAAGACGAUGACAGAAAAAUGGCUUUUAUUAAAAUGCCUAUGUUUAAAAUGUCCCUUCCAAAAGUGCAGGCACCUAAAGCUGAUGUUACACUAACAGGUUCAAAAGAAGACAUUCAUCUACCGGACGUGCAUGUGAAAGUACCCCAAGUUACAUUGCCUUCUUUUGGCAUAAAGGGUGAUCAAGCAGCUGAAACCACUCUUCUAAAGACAGACACAAAAAUAUCGGAGAAACUGGAAAGCCUUGAGGCUCAGCUCAGUGAAAAGGUGAAGAUUCCCUCUCUGGCGAUCUCUGCCCUAACGGAUGUUCCCGCUUUGCAAAUUUCUGUCCCCUGUGUUAAACCAGAUAUUUCUGCCUCUUUACCCAAAGCAGAAGUGGAUGUUUCUGAUGCACAUAUUAAAAGAUAUGAAGGUGAUUUAAAAAUACCCAAAAUACCAUCCAUUGAUGUCUCUUUGCCCGAUUUAGAGUUGGACAUUGGUCUACCCAAAGCAAGUGUGGACUCCUCUUUAGAACUUGGAACUGGUCUUAGCUUGGAAAAGACUACUGCAAAAUUGAUAAUGCCAAUGAUUGAACUGCCAAGGUUUGGGGAGCUAGAGGCCAAAGAAGACACCAGCCUAAAAGGAUCAAAAAUGAAAAUGCCACAUGUUGAUAUUUCAUUUCCCAAAGUCAAAUUAGAUGAAGAAGACAUACCAUUUAUUGAAAGUGAACUAAAAAUGCAUGGUUCAAGUGCUGAAACAAAAUCUACAGAAGCAGCAUAUACUUUGCCUUCUGUAGAACUACCAAAAAUGUCUACACCCAAAGUAAGGGCUCCAGAACUUGAGCUAGGUAUCAACCUAGGCAACGAUGAUGUAAAAGUUGGAAGUACAUGGAAGACACCAAAAGCAGAUUUAAAUGUUUCUGAAGGUGAGCAACAUGAUCUAAAACUCAAAAUGCCAAAAAUCAAGUUACCUAAAUUUGGGAGUCCCAGCUCUGGUGUACAAGAAGACACAGUUAAAGUAGAUGCUAAGGCUUCCAAACAAGUGGAUGGUUCUGAUUCAGGGAUUAUGGGCUUUAAAAUUAAAAUGCCUAAGCUCCAAGUAGGAUCUCUUAAGGAAAAAGGAGAUGUUGAGAAAGAAGGUGACUAUAAAGUGUUCAUGAAAGGUGAUGCAAAAGCUUCAGAUCAUGAAGAUUCUGAAAAUGGGCGACUGUUCAAAAUCAAGAUGCCUUUGUUUGGAAUUACUAAGGACAGUGCAGAUGCUGCUACUGAGCCACUGCAUCCAUCUGAGGACAGUACAAAGUUCAAAAUGCCAAAAAUCUCUUUGCCUGAUGUUGGAUUUUCUGGAGGUGAUGGUGAGGCAUCGGUGUCUUUAGAAGGUGGUCAAGCAAGUACUAUGGCCAAAAUAAAAAGCACUGCAUCAUCAAGCAUUGAGAAUUUAGAAAUAGAUGUGGGCCUGAAAAUGCCAAAAAUCAAGAUGCCAACAAUUGGAUUACCAGGAAGGAAGGGAGAUGAUGAAAUGGAGGUGUCUCUGGAUGAGGAGUCAGAGGCAAAUAAGUAUUUCCUUAAGAUGCCAGAUUUAGAGAUUUCUGCUCCAAAGAUCAAGGCACAUGGUGAAUAUGAAGUGGAUAGUGCAAAACUGGACACAGAAGGAGGUGAUUCUUUAAAAAAGAGCAGUAAAACCAAGGAGGAACACAAACACCAUGGCACCACAGAUGAUACUGAAAAGAAACUAAAGGUGAAACUCCCCAAAGUUGCUGUGAGUUUACCAAAAGCUGUGACAGAUGUGGAGCUUUCUGCACCCAAACUAAAGUCAGAUACGCAUGAUGGUGACAUAACUUUAAAGACUUCAGGCCACCAGGAAGGUUAUGAAGGAAAGAAAGCCAAAAAGACUUUCUCUUUUGGAAAAGCAAAGGAAAAAACUACAGGCCUAUUAACAUCUGAUGUAGAUACAAGUUUGGGAAUUGAAGGACCAGAUCUGAAGAUAAAGUUACCAAAAAUAAAAAUGAAACCUUCUUUCAGUCGGUCACGAGGAAAGGGAAAGGGGGCAGAGGUCAAUGGAGAGCCUGAGAUUGCAGAUGUCGAUAUUAGUGCUGAUGGCUCAGGGAAGUCUUCAAAGAUUAAGUUUCCCAAGUUAGGGUUUUCCUCCUCAAAGACAAAUUCUGGAGAGUUUAAUGUAAAUGGAACUGGUUCUUCUGGUCACUUGAAUGGUGAGCAUGAGCUAUCUGUCCAAAAUGGAUCUCAGGAUGGUGCAUUGAAAGUCGGAAAACUCAAGUUUCCUAAACUUGAAUUUUCUUCACCAUACAAAGGCAAAGACAUUGAUUCUGAAAUGAAUCUAAAAUUGGUGAAAAAGGAAGAACUGGACUCUAAAGAAUACAACAGUGACAGCUCGUUCUCAAGCAGAUUUAAAUCUCCUAAAAUAGCCUUCUCUGGUUUCAAGAAAAAAGAUAAGGGUGAGUAUACAGCAGCAGCAAAAAACGUUGGGGAGGGAGACUCAAAAUCAGGAAGCGGUCGCAUUUCACUUGGAUUUUUGUCAAGUAAAUCCAAGGGAGAGUACACAGUGGACAAUACUGGCAUAGAAGAAGACACAGAGGGGGGCACCAGCAAAGACAAAUCAGCUAAAUAUAAGAUACCAAAACUAUCUCUGGGGACCAAGGCAGGGACAGAGGUGGACAGUUCUAAAGAGAUAAUCAAACACACAGAAGAAGGUUCUCAAGAAAGUUUCAAGAUCAGCCUGCCGCAAGUGAGUUUCACCACACAUCAAGAAGAACAGAUAACUAAGGAGGAAGAUACUACUCUGGGCUUCCUGAAAGUUACAACGACAAAACAGAUCAAGACAGAGACUGUAACAGAGAAGACAUUGGCCAUAUAAGACAAUCAGAACAGUUUUUUUUUUUGCCAAACACUUGGUAUAACAACAGUACUUAGUAGUUGCAGGCCUCACAUUCCCAAGGUAAUCUCUCCACUCUAACCCCUACUGCAGCUCUUUUCGAAGAGUGCUAAAGAUAUCAUUGUGAAGGUGAUCCUUUUGACUUGUUUCUGAAAUUGAUCAGAUUAAAUCAAACUUUAAUUAACACAACUUAGGUGACUUAAGAACAACACUAGAAGAACAUGGCGUUAGUGUCACACAUUAUGGAUUUAGAGUUCUCUCUCUUUAGUAAAUGCUGUGGUGAGUAGUAUUGUAGAGAGCAUUUCUUGUUGUCAUUUGGCAUUACUAUCACAAAUACAGAGUUUAGUGAGA